GGAUGUUUUACGUCGAAACACCCAAUGCCGUUCACCGACACUGGUGUAGUAAAUGGCUCUAUGUUGUUUCUAUAGGAGGCGUGUUCGCUUAUUCAUGGAACUAACAUUAGUUUUAGUGUGAGAACUAUUCUUUUGGUAAGUGUCUCAGAUAACCGUUUGCUACAUGUGAGUUGGGUACAGUAUUCGCUACAACACUCGCUUAGUUUACCCCAUUGAUAGUUGGAUAUGCCACCGGUCAGUGUGGAACAAACGUCAUGAGUAAAGAGGUUCUUAUCUGAAGGGCAUGCCAACCCUCAUCAUAGCAGUGCACUGUGUCCGUUAAGUGUCAGUCCUUGUGACAGUUCAACGACCGACUGACCACCUAUGACCAUCAUAUAAAGCAUAUUGAUGUCGUAGUUUUUGUUUUGUUUCCACACGGCGGUAUUUCAGUAACACGCCUUUCAUUUACCAAUUUUAAAGUAACGAAAAAUAAAUUAGGAGUCCUUCGAUAUUGGACACGUAGAUACAGUGUCUCUAUGCAUCUCAAAUUAUGUGUGUUGGUCCUCACUCUCCCCAGCUGCAGCAAAUAGCAUGCUGAUACAGGCACUUCACUGUGGCUAGCGGUAGCUAAGGACAAUGUUCCUGAGGCAUACCGGAGUGCGGCUCCGUUCACAGCCUUGGGCUCAUCCGUGGCUAGUACACCGGCGAAGUGUCCACAGCCCGGCUUCAUUUCAGCAGGUCAGCCUGCUGCCGGAUCGGAAGCGGCGAGGGGUCGUGUUCCCCUUCAGUGCGCUAGAGGGCCACCUGGACCGCAGUGUGGACCGGGAGGACUUCCAGCUCUUCCACCCCAGCGAGGAGGACCUGCGGCGGGCAGAGGAGCUGUUCACACCCUCCGCCAGGCAUGACAUCCUCUACACUUCGUCCGCGGUCAGAAUGGACCAUGUUCAUGUGACACAGCAGCCAGAGGUGUGUUUCAUUGGCAGGAGUAAUGUUGGGAAGUCGUCUCUCAUCAGGGCUCUGUUCUCUCUGGCUCCUGAUGUUGAGGUCAGAGUCUCCAAAACGCCGGGUCACACUAAGAAGAUGAACUUCUUCCAGGUGGGCGGGGCCUUCACUCUAGUGGACAUGCCGGGAUAUGGCCAUAAGGCUCCCAGAGACUUUGUUGACAUGGUGGAACCUUACCUGCAAGCCCGUAAAAAUCUGGUGCGAACGUUCCUGCUGGUGGAUGGCUUUGUUGGGCCUCAGAAAGCCGACCUGAUCGCCGUGGAGAUGUGCGAGGAGUUUGGACUGCCUUAUGUGAUGGUGGUGACUAAAAUCGAUAAGGUCAGACCAGGCGUUCUCCUUCCACACCUGCUGCAGCUUCAGAGCCUCAUCAAGACCCAGACCAAAUACUGCUUUGCCCAGCCCUUUCUAGUCAGCUCCAUACACUUCUCAGGAGUUCAUCUCCUCAGGUCUUUCAUCGCCCACGUGACGGGGAACCUUCAGCUAAGCUCCUAGGACUCGCACGCACACACACACACACACACACACACUCUCCAGUAUGGACAGACGAGAAGUGGGUGGUCGUGCUGUGUGAGCAAUGUUGAGGGUUGUUCUAAACCCCUGACUAAGAUCUACUGCAACACAGCCUUCAUCGUCACCACAGGACACACACCUCACAGCCCUGAGGACCAGAGACUCCACAUCACCACAGGACACACACCUCACAGCCCUGAGGACCAGAGACUCCACAUCACCACAGGACACACACCUCACAGCCCUGAGGACCAGAGACUCCACAUCACCACAGGACACACACCUCACAGCCCUGAGGACCAGAGACUCCACAUCACCACAGGACAUCCACCUCACAGCCCUGAGGACCAGAGACUCCACAGGACAUCCACCUCACAGCCCUGAUGACCAGACUCCACAUCAGCUUAGCCGCUGAACCACUCAUCCCAGGACACUAAAGCACCCAUCAGCACAGCUCCUCUCUGUCUCUGCACAUCACCACAGUGGCGUGACACCACUCACCUGUCCCAGCUCUCCCACACCAGCACACCACCCCCCCCCCC